AUGAAGAUGGCACGCUCCCGCCCGUCGGCCUCCGCGAGCGAGCCCGGGUUGGCUUGGACAGACCCGACCACGUCCGGAAGCAGCGCAAUGUCGGGAUCGUGCUUGCGAAUCUUGGCGUCGCCGAACUGGAGGAAUGGAACACUUUGCUGGACGGGUGUUGAUCGAAGAUCGCUUGAUUCGAGAAGACUAUCUAAGGAGGGACUAAGCUGGCUAAAUACGAGGGCAACUACCUAUUGUGGCAGUGCUAAGACAUGUGAAACACGUGCUGGAAGAAGCGAUGGGAGACGCAACGCCUCGCAUCCGUCCCCGCCUCUCGCUGGUGAAGUUUCCGUCCUGGACACCGCCCUCUUGGGCGAUCUUCACCUCAAGAUCGUAGACUCGUGUGAGCUGGCGCACCAGCAGCGCCAGAAGAAGGAAGAGGAGAGGAAGGAGGAGAAGGAGGAGCAGAGUGAGAGCCCCUCGAAGGUGAAGAAGGUGGCGAGGAAGAUGGCUGGCGCAGUGCGCCAAGCUCUCCGGCGAUACCUUCUAUCCUACGUUUUGAUUGCGCUUGGUUGGAUGGUUCAGGGCCAUAGACAUCUAGCGAGCGUUCGUGUUCGAGUCGACCGUCUCCUGCAUGGUGGCACGCUUCUCAUCCGUAUCAUCGAUCGGGGCGUCGUCAUCAGUGAUGCCGAGACCGUAGGCAAUCAUGUCGAAGUAGGCCAGAAGGUCGUCGAAGAAACCAGGAGAGCGCUUGGAAGCGUGAGAUUUCCACGAGCUGGGAGCAUCGACACCAUUCAUGAGACAGAUCCGCUUCUUCUGGAAUGGGACCAUCGGAUAGGCCUUCUGGAGAGACUCGACGACCUCGAUGUUGGUAGAAGGUCCCGUGGCCGAGACGAAGGCCAAGUUGGUAGAGGCGCCGUCGUCGACGGUGAAGCAGUGGUACUCGUAGACACCAAUAUCAACACCCUCGACGAGCGUCUGGUUGACUGGCCCACAGCCAGCUCCCUCGAUGUAGGGACGACCGACGUUGACGUAGUAGUUAGCCAUGGCUCCGCCAUGGUUAGUGGCGGUCAGGGCGACGGUGCAGACAGCUGCGUUGCUCUCGAUUGGAGCGGCGUUGACGGCGGUCAGGCCGAGGAGGGAAAGCAGCAACAACAUCGUGAGGAAGAUGUUGAGGGUGGAGAUGGUUCGAAGGCGAAGCUUAGGUUGAUCCUUGAGGAGAUCUCCUAA